UCCUGUAAAGACCACUAACGCACAUGUCAGCUUGCCGGCGACAUUUUCUGUAUUUGAUUGUCGAACAUUCCCCUCUUUUUUUUUCGACUGCAGAGUAAAUUUCAAUGGAAAUCAAGGAGUACAGAAUAACUUUGCCCGUAUCUGUCGAAGAAUAUAAAAUUGGUCAGUUGUACGCUGUUGCAGAAGCAAGUAAGAACGAAACGGGAGGAGGGGAAGGAAUCGAAGUGGUAGUAAACGAACCGUACUCAGACCACGCAAAGUAUGGGAGCGGACAGUACACACAUAAAGUUUUCCAUUUAUCGAAAAAGGUUCCAUCUGUAAUUCGACUUUUGGCACCUAAGGGUUCGUUGGAAGUUCACGAAAAAGCGUGGAAUGCUUAUCCGUAUUGCAGGACGGAGUAUUCAAACCCGUACAUGUCGGACAAUUUCUAUAUCUAUAUCGAUACAUGGCAUAGGGAAGGAGAAGGCGAGGAAAAUGUGCACAAGUUAACGGCGGAAGAACUGGGAAACAGAGUUGUAGUAGAUAUUGACAUAUCUGACAACAAUUGUGUUGCUCCAUCGGACUACAAGGAAGAUGAGGACCCAACUAAAUUUCACUCCAAGAAAACUGGGCGAGGUCCUCUUGAUUGUGAAGGCGAGUGGAAGAAAAACGACCAUUGGCCUAAAAUGACGUGCUACAAGCUCUACCAAGUACAGUUUAAAUGGUGGGGCCUCCAGACCAAGGUACAGAGCAUUAUCUUUAAGGCUGUGAGGCGACUCCUCACUAACUUUCACCGGCAGUUGUUUUGUUGGUUGGAUCUUUGGUUCGGAAUGACCAUGGAAGAUAUACGAGAGCUUGAAGAAAAAACCAAAGAAGAGCUAAAUAGGUUACGACAUGAAGGCGAAGUGCGUGGAAUGUCUGAGAAAUAAAUAAAACUGAAACAGGUACAAUAUGAUCGACCGAAGUGGAACGUUAUCCCAUUACUAUUAGAGUAGUAGUAAACUCGUAUCAUUAAGAGACGAGGGCUGUUUUAUAUUGGGUUUUCACCGCUUAGACAUUCUUCUAAUAAGGUUUUAAUGAAGUUUUUUGUUUGUUUUUUUUUUUUGCAGUUUUUUCAUCUAACAUUACUUGGCUCGUAAAUCCUCUUCCAUUGUUAUUAUUUAGGUGAACCAUGUUGCUUGGGGUUAUUUGCAAAGAUACAAAGUCAACAAUACUUGAUAUGUUGGUGAUUACAUGGGGUGCAUAAAAAGUCCUUCUGUACGUUUAACUUAAUUUACGAGAUGUAUUUAUCUAGGAUUAAAACUUUGAUUACCACAAAGUUAUUCUUUGUGGUGUGUGGUAAGAAGUAUUCACAUAUCAGGUGAGUUUUUGAUUCAGCAUGAUGCGCUUAAUAAGUAUUUUUGGCGAUGCUAGUGUCUGUUUCUGGUAAUAAAAGAGAAUGCAACACUAUACUUGAUGUGGUUAGCUUUAAGUGAUUUUAUCACGAAAUUAACCUGUCUGUGCCCUGUCCAUGGUGGUACUGUUUAAGAUGAGGCAUUAAUGUUAUCAAUUGAUAUGAACCCUUCAAAACCUCUAAUUCUGUUUUCACUUUUAAUUGUUCAUUAUAUAUUGAUUAUCUUAAACAUUGUAGUGUGAAUCAUCUUGAAAUCAAGAAAAGAUUCUGUUCAGGCUUUAUGGUAUAAUUUGUUUGAUCAAGUCUUCAUCUUGGCAUGAUAAGUCAUGAACUGGGUUGAUUGAUGUACCUGUGUGGAUACUGAUACUUUGAUGGUUGAACAUCCAGGAAAGUACAAGGUCAUGGUUUUUUUACCUUGUCUAGUAUAAUGCAUGAUACAAGUACACUUAUAGUACAGUGGUGAAUGGAGAACUAGUAGAAGAUAUUACACUAUGAAUAUAUGGAUUCUUGGUAAAUCCAAGUGACCAUGUUAAAUUGAAUGCUUCUGUUUAGGGGAGUGAACUCAGAAAGCUUUGAUGUUCAGUUUUUUAGGUCAGAUACAAUUCCAAAAAUGACUAACUCUUUGACACCUGAAGCACGAUACACUGUGGUGUCUCCUCUAGGUAGGCCUGAAAAAGAAUCCUAUUGAAGAAUUUGACACAGACUCUCUUUUGCAUCUUAUGCGCUAAAAGUUAAAAAAAAUAAAUCUUAGUUUAUAAUAGGGUUUACAGAAUGUACCAUAGCAUUGUUUGUAAUUUGAUUUGUAAUUACUCUAAAGUACGAUUCAUUAGUUGACUACAAGGCUAGAUGUAUGCUGAGAUUAGUUACAAAGUGGAAUAUUCUUCUAAAAUCACUCUUAGGAUUUAUAGCACAACAAUUCAAUAAACAAUUUCAAUGUGAACAUU